AUGGCAGCCCCUGGGCAGAGGGUGAGACUGCGCUGCAGCAUCGAGCAUAAGGACGGUAACUAUGGUGUGCCCUGGUCUCGCUCGUCCAGCCUCCAAGAUACACGGAACAGGAGGAAUAUCACCCUCCCAGACCCCACACACAAGUUCCAGCGGGACCAGGACAAGACCUCUCUGGUCAUCACAGCCGUGGAGGUAGAGGACAGUGGCUUUUAUUACUGUCAGGUCAAAACACUGUCGGGGUUGGACGAUGAAGAGGGCAGCGGAACACAGCUCAUGGUUCAUGUGCCCCCUAGUGUUCCUGUCGUGCUCCUGCAGGUGCUGCCUGCCCAGGGCUCUGGGCAGUGGAGCCUGCUGUGUGUGACCGGGGGCUUCACCCCAGCGCCCUUCAGCCUCCACUGGACACGGACUCCAACGGGAGGUCUGACGGAGCCCGUCGGGCCGGAUUGUUCCUGGAAUGCCAACGAACCAGAGGUCAAAAGGUCAGACAACAUCAGCACACACUCCCCAGACCGGCAUGUCCCCUUGCACCUGUGGCCGAGCCGCGGUCAGUGCCUGCGUUUGCCGGACGGCUCUGUUUGGUUCAGACAGCUGGUCAGCGUGCUGCAGCUGCCACCUCGAGAGUCGCAGAGUGAUGAUGUCAUCUAUACGUGCGCGGUGAGCGGGCACCCGGCUCUCACUGCUGCCCUUUCUACAUCCUUCACGUGGGAGGCCCGUCCUGACAUGAUCAUUGGUCACCUGAAUGUUCUGAAGAUGGCCAUCCUCUCGGGGAUGCUGUUGGUCCUUAUGGUCUCAGGAAUGGGAUGUAUGUGCAUCAAUAAAAGAAAAACAGAUCAACCCCUGCACAAUGAUAUAACACACAGAGAGCACGGGGAAAGACGUCGCCUCUGAUCAAACUUGAGGAUCACAGACAAUCUUCCACAAGAAAUCAAAUAUUCUUUUGUUCAGACCUUGCCCAGCUUCAACAUUUUACAUGCUAAAACAACACAAGAUAAAUAAUCCUGUUUAUAUGUUGCUAGCUGCCUCAAAUCUGUACACAUACGGUUUUCCUUUUCAUUUCAAAUGUGGCAAAUCUGUACACAUACGCGUUUCCUAUUCAUUUCAAAUGUGGCAUGUUAUCAAUGUCUUUUUGAACAUGUACCUUGAUCCAUCCUAGUGUCAAUAUUUUCUUUCCCAGGUGUAUUGAUAUUGGUAUUGGUAUCAUUAGUGCUGUUAAAUGAUUUUCCUUGUGACAACAGCCUACGUGGCAGAUGUGUUUGAUUAGAGGCUAUCUGAAGACAACAGCCUACGUGGCAGAUGUGUUUGAAGAUCUGAAGACGUGCUUCUCACAUGGAAGAUGACCGGUUCAUUGUGUCCACUGUGCCAGUGCUUGUUUUCUUCCCGUCUCGAAACGUGCUUUUAAUUAUAAACACCGGCCUACAACUACUAUCACUCUCUAAACAUUUGAUCAGUAUAUGAGUCACAUGUUUAUCUCCAGCCUUGUCUUUGACUAAGC